GAGAAGGUUUCCUUGACAAUAUAAACAAGAGAGGAGAGCAAAAGAAGCCGCGAAGCUAACCAAUGUCCUCAAGGUUCCGUGCCACUGUUCCAGGUGCAUGUCUGUGUCCGGCUGCAAUUGUCCAGUGCUGCUAUCAGAGAGGCUAGGAGUCUCAUUUGGGUGAGAAGCCAAAGAAGAAAGGUUCUAUAGCAGAGAAUAUCAAACUCCACCAGCUUCCCUGAACCUUUCACUAGAAUUAUUUGGAACAGAAUUUGUUCAGCAUGUCCACGCUAUCUUAUACACGUUCAUCUGGGUCCCAUGAAACACCCAGCUCUGGAGCCAUUUCCAGGGGUAGGACCUUAUCUCCACACACAGAGUCAUCCUCUGGGAUGCUCUCUAUCAAAUCUGGAGUGGAAACAAAGUCUGCACUUUCAGAUGAUGAUGAGUUUCAGCUGAGGAAAAACCCAUUUAAAAUCCCUUCGGAUAUUGAUAUCUUCUUACUGAGAGACAAGGAACGAGAAAGAACUAAGGUGGAACGUGAGCGAAAGAAGACCUUGAAAGUUCAUGAGAAGAUGACUCGCUCCACGAUGAUGAAUGCCAAGCAAUCGGGGUUUAAGAAGGACUUCCAGAAAGAGGAGGAAGCAGAGGACCGAGAACUGGCAGUGGAAGCAGAGCGACUGAAAGUUCUCCAGGAAAGUAUCUCUUGGAAGAUCGCAGUCACCAAAGAUCAGCAAGUGGAAAAAGAGACGCUCCAUGAAUACAUAGAGAAGAAGCGAAAGAUGUUUCUGCUGCAGUACGCUGUGGCCAUAAAGAGAGAGGAAAUUCAGAAGCUAGAAAACUUAGCAGCAGAAGAGGAAGCAAAACUGGAAAAGGCUGAACAGUUCCUGGAGAAGGACGCCGCCAUGUUUGAUGAGUUCCUGAAGGAGAAUGAUAAAAACUCUGCUCAGGCGCUGAAAACGGCUGAAAAAGAAACCAAAGCAAAGAUAGAGAAAAUAAUUGAGAUCCGGGACCUUGCUGCACAAAUCAUGAGCAUUCAAAGUGAGAUAGCCCGGUUUGAAGACACUCUGCAGGAGUAUAAGAUGUACAAGAACUUCCUCUUCAAGCUCUCUCCAAAAGAGUGGCAGGAAGAGUACCAAAAAAAGCAGAUGAAAAUAAAGGCGAUGAAAAUGUCCUCCAAAGUGAAAGAAGAAAGCUCCCAUGCUCCCAAGGGCCAGGAUGCAACGCCCCGGACCAAACGUGGCAAGUUGCCUUAUCUUGGCUAUACAGGGCAUCAGAGUAUUGAUUUCUCUGUGGCGGGGUCUGAUUUGAGACCACCAAGUCAAAUCAUGCAGAGAAAGGAAUCCCUCAAGCCAGGCAAAAACCUCUCAAAGCAAAGCUUGAAAGCCCAGCAGUUAAGACGACAGAGCAUGGCAGUCUCAUCAACAGAGGAGAAGGAGAAUACAGUCUUUGACUAUGAGGAGGAGGAAGAGGAGCCAGAGUUAUAUUUUACUAAUCCCCAGCAACUGCUGAAUAUUUUCACUGAGCUGGAAGAACAGAACCUGUCCCUUAUCCAGAAUUCCCAGGAGACAGAGGAAACCUUGGAUGAGCUCCGGCAUACUCUCACCACCACGCGAAGUAAAAUGGACUGUGAGAUAGAGCAGCUGGAACAGCUUGCAACCACCCUCAAAGCCUCCAUCGUCAAAGAAGAGGAGACAGCAGCAGACCUGGAACUGAAGGCACGCGUCUUUUCCUUUGGAGAGUACAAAGCAGAUGUGCAGGACAAAAUGUUGGUGAGCCUGAACAAAAAGGUGACGGAUGUCUAUCGACGCUGCAUUGGAGAAAACGAGGCCAACUUGGGAACCCUGCAGAUGCUAACAGUCAUAGAGCAUCAACUAGAUGACCUACUGGAGUGUCUGGAGAGAGUCCCUGUAUCAAAGAUAGAGCAGGCAGAGAAAGCUAAAGAAAAAGAACGAAGGAUGAGGAUGAGGGAGGAAAAAGUAAGACAACAGAGGCAGUUACAGGAGGAGCGGUUGCAAAGGGCUCUGGCAAGAGCACAAGCAGAUAUAAAGAAAAAGACUGGCAGAAAGCUGAUAUUCCGCUCUGAGCCCCCGGCUGUCAAAGAGAAGGAAUAUGAGGAUCAAGGACUGAUUGAUAAAGAGAAGGAAGAAGCACUCUAUUACUUUACUUAAGACCCCAAAUAAGGCUGCAAAUUAAGGACAGCACAAAUGAGAUGCAAAAACCUUGUAGCAACCUGACUGGGGAAUAUUGUUUAGUUUGCGGGUCUUGCAUUAUGAACAAAUUUUUUAAGGAAUUCAACAAAAUCUCUCAUUUGCUCUUGCUGAUCUUCGCUUCCCAGAAGAGUAGUUAGUUUCAAUGAAGCCUGUUAUGUGAGCCAACAGCUAUUUUGUCAUUGCUUUAAAUGACUGUUUACCUAGAAAAAUAAACUCACCGUCCUACAUUUUGCCUCUAGGCCAACUGUCAGCAACAGGGUUCUUCAUAACAUUGAAGUCUUACAAAAUCAUGUUCAUUACACGUGAUGAUGACAUCUUGAGUUAGAACAAAACAAAGCCAGGUUUCCAGCCAGAGGUUUGUUACAAACCCCAAGCCUGUGCAAAUAAAACAUCCUUCCAGGGGUUGGAGUUUCAGCACUGGUUUCUGACUAUUGAACCUACAAGAGUCAAGAGAAAUGAAUAAGUACUGUGGGUGAAAAGCUGCUCAGUAUUAGUUUAAGCCAAUAAGUAUAUACCUUUUCAUUUACAAAAUAUUACUCAUCAAGAACAAACCCAAUGACACAGUGACCAUAAAAAAAGCUUUAUUAAUCCUUUUGCACCAGCAGUUCUUCAGAUGUCCAUUGCCAGCAAUGAACGUCAAGCCGAUCAACCUAAGUCUCGGCCCCAAGCAGUUAGCAAUUUACAUUCAUGUACAAAGCCAAGUGAGGUACGUUUUCAGAAGUAGAAACAGAUGCAGUUUUAAGUCCUAUAGAAAGAAAGUCUGUUUCUUCACCGUUUUCUUAAUUUAAGAACAACUGGUAUGGUUCCAUGAAGAUCAAGAGGAGUUUGGCGUUCAGGGUGACACAGCUUCCGGAGAUAGCAUAAAUUAUUGCUCUAAAGCAGCAAGACCCAUUAGUCUGUUCAACAGUGCUGUGUUCCUGAAGAUGACUGAAAAGACCCUUUAACUCUUCCACAAUGGACUCCAUAAUCACACAAAAAUAGCAGUCUCCAUAAGUGGGUGAAAUCUGCUCACUGACUCACACUGGCUUGGAGACCUCACUUGAGGCAGGCUAGCGAUCCCUUGGGCGUGAGCAUAGGAAAAUCCAAUGCAAGUGUUUGGCCACCACAGAGAGAAAAACUACCUCUCACCUAGAGGACAAAAUACUGCCUGCAAAUCAGAGUUUGAGGUGAAAAUAGCAUGUAUACAGUUUUCAAGUCUCAGAAACAAAGAAGUAUUUAUCUGGACAAAUACAAGGCACAGGAAGUAAAAGCAUUUCUGAAUAACCUCAGGUGAAUUCAACAACAGUAUUUAACUAAAUAAAUAAAUAUGUGCAAUAUUAGGAA